AUGCCCAAGGCAGGAUCUUCCCGGGCCGCUGCUGCGGCUCGCAGACACAACCCUCUCGCCGAAGAUAUUAGUUCCGCGGGGCACCUUCGGACACAGAGCAGCAAGAAGGGCAAGGGCAAGGCCGAAAAUGACGAAGAUGGCGAAAAUGGACAGGGCUAUAUCGAUGCGAAGAUGUCGCGCAACAUUCUACAGAUGGGUCAGGAAUUGGCCGACGAAGAUGAGGCCGAACAGAAUCUCGCCCGGGGCCCGGCCAAGUCGAACGGCGCAUUCGAAUUCGAUACUCGGUUCGAGGAAGAAGAGGCUUUUUCUGACGACGAGGGGAAGUUUGGAGCUGAUGACUGGGUUGAUGAUGAAGUCGAGGAAGUUGAAGUUGAUCCCAAUGAUCUAGAUAUGUUCAACAAGUUCAUGCCCGGCCACGAGGAAGACCCUAUCUUCCACCCCAGAGACCCCAAUGCCAGCGGCCAGACCACAAACCUUGCCGACUUGAUUCUAGAGAAGAUCGCUGAGCACGAAGCCAAGCAGGCCGGUGAGCACACCGGUGGACCCUUCAUUCAAGGUGGUGGAUUGCCUGAAGAUGCCGUCCAGAUCCCCGCCAAAGCCAUUGAAGUAUACGAGAAGGUCGCCAUGAUUCUUCGCCGCUACAAGUCUGGCCCUCUCCCCAAGCCCUUCAAGAUCCUCCCCUCCGUACCGAACUGGCAAACACUCCUGGAGAUCACCGAGCCUGCCGACUGGACCGGCAACGCCGUUUACGCCGGAACCCGAAUCUUCAUCUCCUCCAAGCCGCACGUUGCCCAGGAGUUCAUCAACAUGGUCCUCCUGGAGCGCACCCGCUCCGAGAUCCACGAAACCCGCAAGCUGAACGUCCACACCUACAACGCUCUGCGCAAGGCGCUGUACAAGCCCGCCUGUUUCUUCAAGGGACUUCUCUUCCCCCUCGUCGCAAGCGGAACCUGCACCCUGCGCGAAGCCCACAUCGUCUCCUCAGUGAUUGCCCGCGUCUCCGUGCCAGUUCUGCACUCCGCCGCGGCCCUGCUGCGCAUGUGCGACCUCGCAGCCGAGCAGUCCAUGACCUCGCUCGAGAGCACUGGUGCCGUCAACAUGUUCAUCCGAGUCUUCCUGGAGAAGAAGUACGCCCUGCCCUACAAGGUCAUCGACGCCGUAGUCUUCCACUUUAUGCGUUUCCGCGCAGUCGACCCAUCGGAAGCCAUGAACGACGGCCCCAACGGUCUCAACUCUAAGACCUACAAGCUGCCCGUUCUGUGGCACCAGUCUCUGCUGGUCUUCGCCCAGCGGUACCGUAACGACAUCACCGAGGAUCAGCGUGAGGCUCUGCUCGAUCUGCUUCUCGUCCGUGGUCACAAGGAUAUCGGCCCUGAGGUCCGUCGUGAAUUGCUUGCUGGACGUGGACGUGGUGUUGUCGUUCCUGAUCCCGAGAUGCAGAAUGCUCUCGAUGCUGGCGAUGAUACGAUGGACAUUACCAUGUAG